CACUUGAUAAAUUCAAAAAAACUUCAUAUUUUUACAUAUUAUUGUCGGUAAUUUUUUAUAUCGUAAAUGUUUCAUUUAAAAUUAAGUAAUAUUUAAAAUGAUCAAUAGUUCAACUAACUCAAUACUCUCGAGUUUGAAAAAACCACAAUAUUAUCUUAAUGUAAUUUUGAGAUAUACUCAUAAUACAAAUAGUAGUAAUAAAGAAUAUGUGGAUCAACAACGACUACUAAAAGUAGCCAUAAUUGGUGUACCCAACGCUGGUAAAAGUACUCUGAUAAAUAGAAUUAUUCAAAGAAAUAUAUUAGCAACAUCAAACAAAGUUCAUACAACAAGAUUGAAAGCUCGUGCAAUUUUAGUAGAAAAACAAACUCAAAUAGUUUUUUUAGAUACUCCUGGUUUAGUAGACAAUGAAGAAAUUACUAAAUAUAACCUUGAGAAAUCAUUUACUAGCGAUUGCUUGGGUGCAAUAUAUGAAGCUGACACAAUAGGAGUUUUACAUGAUGUAUCCAAUCGCCAUACUAGAAAUCGUUUAGAUCCAAAAGUUUUGAGAUUACUUCAUUUAAACGACGAUAAAGAAUCAUUUUUGAUACUGAAUAAGAUUGAUGCCUUCAGAUCAAGACGUAGUUUAUUAGAUUUAUCAAAAUCUUUAACCUGCAACAAUCUUAAAAACUUAGAAAACUACAAAAAAGAUAAAUCUUUAAAUAACCUCAGUGAAAUGAAAUUAAGUGAAAAAAUAAAAAAUUGUGUUGGUUGGGAUAAAUUUAGAGAUGUAUUUAUGAUAUCUUCAUUAACUGGUGAUGGUGUACAAGAUAUUAAGGAUUAUCUUAUUCAAAAAAGUAAGCCUUCAUCAUGGAUAUUUCCUGAAGGUACAUUAACUGACAAACAAGAUACUGAUUUAAUACUGGAAAUAAUUAAAGCAAACCUUCUUAAUAAUCUCCCAAAUGAAGUACCAUAUAAAUUGCAGAUUGAAUUAGAAUAUUUUGAAGUAUCUUCUGAUGGUAAUAUGCAUAUUGUUGUUUUGGUUGGCUGUGAUACAGAAAGAUUAGAAAAAUUAGUAAUUGGGAAAAAAGGUAACCGUAUAAGAAGAGUAGCAAAAGAAUCUGAACAAAACUUAAGAAAUGUUUUUUUUACUGAUGUAUUUUUGAAAUUAGUUGUAACUGAAAAACAUAAAACAAUAGAAUCUGUAAGUGCUGAAAUGUAGUAUCUGCAUCAUUUUCUGUAUAUUAAAUGUGUAAUAUAUAAAUGUGUUUUCCUAUGAA